CAGAUGGAUGCUUUGGGCGAGCAUUUUCGCGUAAACUAAUUGAUUUAUUCUAAUUUGAUUAAUAUGAAUCAUUAUGUUGGCGAUGAAAGUGUGAUGUGAGCCAUGCGAAAAAAAUAUUGUGCUAAAAUUGAUAAGAGUGACUUCGAAAUAGGGGUGUAACUUGAAAACUAAAAUGGCUUCAGGAGAUAGUGAUCAUAUAGAAGUGAUGGAUAAUACAGUGAUGAAGAAGUCAGAUGUCGGUACAGGGCAUUCGGGCUCUGAAGAUGAUGAUCGUGAUCGCGCUUCAAUCGCUGAGAAAAAUGCACCGUACGAUCCAGCAGUGGGCCCCCUGGGGGCGAUCAGCAAGGUUCACAAGUCCGAUCGUAAGAUUGGUCACCGGCGUGUCGGGGAAGGGGGCGAGAUUACGUAUAAGAAGAUUCAAUCUUCACAAAUUAUGGGAUCUAUACAACUAGGUAUCCAGCACGCAAUUGGUGGUCUUGCCUCGAAGCCGGAACGUGAUCUGCUUAUGCAGGAUUUCAUGACUGUCGAAACGACGAAUUUCCCGUCCGAAGGAUCGAACCACACGCCCGCUCAUCAUUACUCCGAGUUCAAGUUUAAAACGUACGCCCCGAUAGCCUUCAGAUACUUCCGAGAUCUGUUCGGAAUACAACCAGACGAUUUCCUUAUGUCAAUGUGCAGCGCCCCGUUACGCGAGCUCAGCAAUCCCGGCGCAUCCGGCAGCAUCUUUUAUCUAACGAACGAUGACGAGUUUAUCAUAAAAACAGUUCAGCACAAGGAAGGCGAGUUCCUGCAGAAACUUCUGCCCGGUUACUACUUGAAUCUCGAUCAGAACCCCCGCACGUUACUACCAAAGUUCUUCGGUCUAUAUUGUUAUCAGUGCAACAGUAAGAACGUGCGGUUAGUCGCUAUGAACAACCUGCUGCCCUCUUACGUGAAACUUCACCAAAAAUACGAUCUCAAAGGUUCCACGUAUAAGAGGAAGGCAAGUAAAACAGAAAGACAAAAGAGUUCACCAACGUACAAAGAUUUGGAUUUCAUGGAACAUCAUACGGAAGGUAUCUUCUUAGAGGCUGACACUUACACGGCUCUCAUCAAGACUAUGCAGCGAGACUGUCGUGUAUUGGAGAGUUUUAAGAUAAUGGACUAUUCUCUCCUAGUCGGCAUCCAUAAUCUCGACGAGGCUCAACGCGAGAAGACGGAGGCCCGCAAAAGGACAGACUCCGGCCAGAGUGACGAUGAAGCUGAGGGGGAACCUAAGAAGAGCGGACUCAAUAGGACUAGAUUAGAGCAAGCCAAAGAGGAUUUUAAGACGCAAGUCAAACGAACACAAUCUAUAAACCGUCAGCGAUUAGUCGCGCACUCGACCGCAAUGGAGAGUAUACAAGCUGAAAGUGAACCCAUCGACGAAGAAGAAGAUGUUCCACCGGGCGGUAUUCCGGCUCGGAACGCGCGCGGCGAGCGUCUCCUCCUGUUCCUGGGUAUCAUCGACAUAUUGCAGUCCUAUCGGCUCCGGAAGAAGCUGGAACACACCUGGAAGAGCAUGAUACACGAUGGCGACACGGUCUCGGUGCAUCGACCUAAUUUCUACGCGCAAAGAUUCUUAGACUUCAUGGCGAGAACAGUAUUCAAGAAGAUACCUUCGUUGGACCUUCCGGAGAUCAAAGGGAACCAUCGCAAGUUCAGAACGCUCGUCACCAGCUACAUAGCGUUGAAACAUUCGCCGUCGAAGAGGAAAAGUAUCGCAAGGCCGAACAGACCGCAGGAAGAUAUCGAUAACACAGGGGGUAAAGUCAUCGGUCGACCUAUUAAGGACUAUAACCCAGAUUACCUGAGGCAGGUCAGACUGUCGCCUAGAUCAUCAGUACGAUCUAGCUUGAGCGAUUUCACCGAUACCACGAUAUCGACAUGGAAUCAAAGAAAUCAAAUACCAACUGAAUAUCCCUCCGUACUCUCAGAUAGACAUAAAACGCUAGACAGAGAUAGGCUACCGUUUCAACGACGCAUCGACUUUGAUACGUCGAAUCUAAACCCCAGGGAACCGGGGCCCUCGUACGCUGAUAAUGUCUACCGAUCGUCGGUACAAGAUCGUAUGGAAUCAUUGUCCGAUCAAUUGACGAAAGUUUUGAGUACGGGAGCGGGAAGUUCUCACAUAAACGGUAGCCUCGCGGAUAGCGGUAUUCAAACCGACAAUGCGAGCACAAGCGUACCGCAAAUAUACGUCGCCGAUGCCCAAACUUACACCCCAGUCGUCAAGAUAUUAAAGGACGCGGCGGUCGAUACACGAAACGAAAAAAAUCUCCAGGACAUACCGUUCAUCGAUGACGACGAUGAAGAAAAGUCUUGGAGGAGACGAUCGAACCUCGAAAAGCACAAAAGCAUGUCGAAUAUUCCAGAACGAAUCGACGAGGUCAGUUCCAAAGAACAUUCCAACGAACGCCUUUCCAAUAGCCUCAACAGAGCGAAGUCCCCGACAUUCGUAGAGAAAUUUAAGAAGUUCUUCAUGGACAUUGGAUUCGUUAAAUCCGACAGCGCGCCGGAUACACAAGCAUCGAAUACACUACCGAAAAGUUUGAACUCCAGCUACAGGACGCGCAGCGCUACACCGACGACAAGUGACUCCAGAGAAGCGUCUACGUUGCCGAAGGAUAUGCGUUUCCGUAAAGUGAGAUCAACUCAAACGGUCUACAUAAAACCUGAAUCUCCGAUAAUAAUACGUAGCAAUGAUGAUAUCGUAAGAAAAGAACACGUCUCGGUUGUACAGUUGAAUGGAGACGAACACAUAAAUGAUUCGAAAUCAGAAGCUUUUAUUAAGGAGGUGGUUUUUGUGAAAACUUUGGAAAACGCUGCGAUAUAUUCAGGAAAAGACAGCGGGAGCACGAUUAUCGUAGUACCGCCGGCGGAUUGAAACGAAAUUUAAAUGAAAUUUUGGUCUUUGCAAUCUUAUAUAGCUUUAUAUAAAUAAAGCUUUGAAAUACCUGAAUACGAAGAUAUAUAAAAGACAAUAGUUAUUUAAUAUAUAAAUGUUUAUAUAUUUGGGUUAUGUAUAUGUUUUAAUGAAAUACAAUGUUCUGAUCAAAUUUUCUGUUUUAUGAAUUGAGGUCUUGUGUACUGUAAUGGUUCUCUUCGUUGGUUUUCGAGCAGAAUCGGGUAGUUUUAUUUGUAGCAACUCCAGUGAUAAAUUUAACCUUUAUUGCCUUUGAAUUAGAGUCGAUAUUCAUUUGUAUCGUUUAACGAAUAAGCUUAAAUAAGCCCUAUGUCCAGAUGGUAAUAAACACUUAUAAUUUUUUCUUUGAAUAUUAUUUAUUUUUUUCAUAGCAUUUUAUUAAUAUAAUGAUAAUUAAAAUUAUUUAGUUUAAUAAAGUAAAAAAAAACAACUUCAAGGUCUGGUUUAUUACGUCACAAUUAGUUUUAUAUUUAGAAAACAAUUUAUAUAAUAAUUAAUGUUUAUUUGUUUGUGUCGUCAAUCAAAAGAAUAUAUUAUCAAGAACUGAUAGAUGUGUGAAUUUGAUUUUUCAAUGGUUUAUAAAUUCAAACCUAAGUACGGUCAGCAUGAAAAAUAUAUAACGCGUUUGUUAAGUCAAAAGUUCGUAUGUGAAAAUUAUUAUGCGAUUUGUAACUGCAAAAUGGCUUUAACAAUAGGUACGCGUGUGUUAAAAUUAAACUCAAAACGCGCUUUAGUACAUAUUUAUUUCAAAUUAUAUCGCAUAUACUUUAAAGAUAUGCUAACAUUUUUAAUAUUGAAAAAAAAAAAUGUAUGCUUGCAAAUGAGAUUAAAAUUAUCCGCUUAAACCGCGAUAGUGUCACAAAAAUAACAUUCGUUACAAUAUGGCUUCAGGUUUGACCCUAAAGGAUCGCGUUUGUGUAUAUUUGUAACUUGGUAACACUUUUCGGAUUUUAUUUUUUAAACGAUUCCAAAUGUAAAAAAUAAUUAUUUCGGAUUUUCUAAUACUAAUCUAUUUAAUUAUUUUUGUUGAAAUUUAAAAAUCGAUUUCGAAACCGACAAGAGUUUUUGAAUUUGGAAUUCAUUUUAAAUAUACUUUUUUAAUAUUGGUUUAUUUUUUAAUGUCUUCUUGGAUGGGAGUUAAGUGGAAUUUCUAUAAAUGAAUCAAACGCGGUAUCGCUAUGAAAGUGUUACUUGUAAUAUAUGUAUAUAUAGGCAUUCUUACUUAAAAUUUCUAAGGACUUUGUUGAAUCGAAUAUAGCAUUAUAAUGUCUGUAAUUUAUUAAGAUUAUCUGUAUAAUGGUUAUCUAAUUUAUGAUAAAUUCUAAUAAUUUAUUCUAUAAAUAAAUUUCGUUAGCUGUAUUCCUCGUGUAAUGCGACAUUAUUAAUCUGUGACUGAUAUUUGCAAUCACAGACUAUAAAUUAAAUAUGAAAUUCAUAAUCAAGUUCCUUGUCAAAAUAAUUAUUGCUAAUUAUUAUUUUAUCUACUAUAUCGUAUAACUCUUCACCUUCAUUU